GGGUCCGGGUCCUCCAGAGCCAAGGCCCCUCCCUCCCUCCCUCCCCAGUCCUCCUUUCCUGUCUCUCCUGCAAGGGCUGCAUCGCUGUCCCCUCCCUCCUGGGAUGAUCGGGAGAAGAGAAGGAUCUAUUUUCAGAAAUGGACUUGGAUUCCUGUGAGGCAGAGAGGCCUCCGUUGGACACCAGAGAGAGGCCACUGGGUGACAGAAUGAUGCUGGCAAGACCUCCUGAUCCGUCUUUUCAUGGGGGCAGAAGGGAAGCAGCGGCUGUGGAACCAGAUCAGGGUCCAGUGUCCUUUGAAGAUGUCGCUGUUCCUUUCACAGACGAAGAGUGGGUGUUCCUGGAUCCUGACCAGAGAGCUCUGCAUAAGGAUGUCAUGGAGGAGGAUUGUGAGAUCGUGGUCUCUCUUGAUUGUGAGGAAUUGGAAAUUGAGAACAAGAGUGACCAUGGCAAAAUCCCCAGAGAGGAGAAUCCACGUAAAAAUUUGGAGUGUGGAGAGAGCUUCAGAAAGAGCUCCAAUCUCACUUCCCAUCAAAUGAUUCAUACAGGGGAGAAACCCCAUCAGUGUGUGGAAUGUGGAAAGAGCUUCACUAAUAGCUCCAAUCUCACUUCCCAUCAGAAAAUUCAUAAAGAGGAGAAACCUUAUCAGUGUGUGGAAUGUGGAAAGGGCUUCACUAAUAGCUCGAAUCUCACUUCCCAUCAGAGAAUUCAUACAGGGGAGAAACCCUAUCAGUGUGUGGAAUGUGGAAAGAGCUUCACUAAUAGCUCCAAUCUAACUUCCCAUCGGAGAAUUCAUACAGGGGAGAAACCCUAUCAGUGUGUGGAAUGUGGAAAGAGCUUCACUAAUAGCUCCAAUCUCACUUCCCAUUAUAGAAUUCAUACAGGGGAGAAACCCUACCAGUGUGUGGAAUGUGGAAAGAGCUUCAGUAACAGUGGUGAUCUCACUUCCCAUCGGAGAAUUCAUACAGGGGAGAAACCCUAUCAGUGCGUGGAAUGUGGAAAAAGAUUCAGUCAGAGUCGUGAUCUCACUUCCCAUCGGAGAAGUCAUACAGGGGAGAAACCCUAUCAGUGCAUGGAAUGUGGAAAGAGCUUCAGUAUGAGCUCCCAUCUCACUUCCCACCAGAGAAUUCAUAAAGAGGAGAAACCCUAUCAGUGUGUGGAAUGUGGAAAGAGCUUCACUAAUAGCUCCCAUCUCACUUCCCAUCUUAGAAUUCAUACAGGGGAGAAACCCUACCAGUGUGUGGAAUGUGGAAAGAGCUUCACUAAUAGCUCCAAUCUCACUUCCCAUCAGAGAAUUCAUACCGGGGAGAAACCCUAUCAGUGUGUGGAAUGUGGAAAGAGCUUCACUAAUAGCUCCAAUCUCACUUCCCAUCAGAGAAUUCAUACAGGGGAGAAACCCUUUCAGUGUGUGGAAUGUGGAAAGAGCUUCAGUAAGAGUGGUGAUCUCACUUCCCAUCAAAGAAUUCAUACAGGAGAGAAACCCUAUCGGUGCGUGGAAUGUGGAAAGAGCUUCAGUCAGAGUCGUGAUCUCACUUCCCAUCGGAGAAUUCAUACAGGGGAGAAACCCUAUCAGUGCAUGGUAUGUGGAAACAGCUUCAGUAUGAGCUCCCAUCUCACUUCCCACCAGAGAAUUCAUAUAGAGGAGAAACCCUAUCAGUGUGUGGAAUGUGGAAAGAGCUUCAUUAAUAGCUCCAAUCUCAAUUCCCAUCAGAGAAUUCAUACGGGGGAGAAGCCGUAUCAGUGUGUGGAAUGUGGAAAGCGGUUCACUCGUAACUCCCAUCUCACUUCCCAUCAGAGAAUUCAUACAGGGGAGAAACCCUAUCAGUGCAUGGAAUGUGGAAAGAGCUUCAGUCAGAGCGGUGAUCUCACUUCCCAUUAUAGAAUUCAUACAGGGGAGAAACCCUAUCAGUGCAUGCAAUGUGGAAAGAGCUUCACUCGGUGCAACUCUCUCAAUUCCCAUCAAAAGAUUCAUACAGGGGAGAAACCCUAUCAGCGUUGCGUGGAAUGUGGAAAGAGCUUCAGUCAAAAAGCCAGCCUCACUUCCCAUCAAAGAAUUCAUACAGGGGAGAAACCCUAUCAGUGUGCGGAAUGUGGAAAGAGCUUCAGUCAGAGUGGCCAUCUCACUUCCCAUCAACUAAUUCAUACAGGGGAGAAACCCUAUCAGUGCAUGGAAUGUGGAAAGAGCUUCACUAAUAGUUCCGAUCUCACUUCCCAUCAAAGAAUUCAUACAGGGGAGAAACCCUAUCAGUGCAAGGAAUGUGGAAAGAGGUUCAUUCAAAAGGCCAACCUCACUUCCCAUCGAAGAAUUCACACAGGGGAGAAACCUUAUCAGUGUGUGGAAUGUGGAAAGAGCUUCACUGAAAACUCCCAUCUCACUUCCCACCGAAGAAUUCAUACAGGAGAGAAACCCUAUCGGUGUGUGGAAUGUGGCAAGAGCUUCAGUAACAGCUCCUCUCUCACUUUCCAUCAAAGGAAUCAUUUGGGUGAGAAACCCUAUCAGUGCGUGGAAUGUGUAAAGAGCUUCAGCGAUAGCCACAGUCUCACUAAGCAUCACAGAUUUCAUACAAGGGAGAAACCCUAUCAGUGUGUGGAAUGUGGAAAGAGCUUCAGUAACAAUGGUGAUCUCACUUCCCAUCAAAGAAUUCAUACAGGGGAGAAACCAUAUCAGUGCAUGGAAUGUGGAAAGAGCUUCAGUCAGAGCGGCUCUCUCAUUUUCCAUCAUAGAAUUCAUACAGGGGAGAAACCCUAUCAAUGUGUGGAAUGUGGAAAGAGCUUCAAUCAAAAGGCCAACCUCACUUCCCAUCAAAGAAUUCAUACAGGGGAGAAACCCUAUCAGUGUGUGGAAUGUGGAAAGAGCUUCAUUCAGAGUGACUCUCUCAUUACCCAUCAAAGAAUUCAUACAGGGGAGAAACCCUAUCAGUGCAGGGAAUGUGGAAAGAGCUUCAGCGAUAGCCGCAGUCUCACUAAGCAUCACAGAAUUCAUACAAGGGAGAAACCCUAUCAGUGUGUGGCAUGUGGAAAGGGCUUCAGUAUGAACUCCUCCCUAACUUCCCAUCAAAGAAUUCAUACAGGGGAGAGACCAUAUCAGUGCAGGGAAUGUGGAAAGAGCUUCAGUCAGAGCUCCCAUCUCACUUCCCAUCAAAGAAUUCAUACAGGGGAGAAACCCUAUCAGUGUGUGGAAUGUGGAAAGAGCUUCAGAAAGAGCUCCCAUCUCACUUCCCAUCAAAGAAUUCAUAAAGGGGAGAAACCCUAUCAGUGUGUGGAAUGUGGAAAGAGCUUCAGUCAAAAAGCCAGCCUCACUUCCCAUCAAAGAAUUCAUACAGGGGAGAAACCCUAUCAGUGCAGGGAAUGUGGAAAGAGCUUCAGUCAGAGCUCCCAUCUCACUAGGCAUCAGAGAAUUCAUACAUAGUUCGAAAACACCUUUCAUUAAAUAGCUUUAGGAGCCAGGCAAAUGCGCACCUUUUAAACCAGGCCUUUGGCUGAUUGACAUUAAUGACCUUUUAAAAUGUUGGGAGUGGAAUUACAGAUGUGUAUUUUGUGUUUUUAUAUUGUGUUUUUAUGUUGUAACUGUCCUGAUUCCUGUGGAUUUAGGGAAUUGGACCCAACUCUUAGAGGCUGAGGGGUCUUUGCCCCCCCCAUAAAAUAUUUGAGGGGGACACCCCCCAGUUGAUAGGCAUUUCCAUUCCAAUGGCGUGCAUGCAUCAUGUGAUUGAUUGUGCAAGGCGGGCCUUACCUGGCCCCCCAUCAAUAUUUUAUUCAAGUCGGCACCAUUGGGUCAGGUGGUAUACAAAUUAAAUAAAUACAUAAAUCACCUUCCUUUGCACAUGUUCCAACUUGUCAAUAUCCUUAUUUAUUAUCAUUUUUUAAAAUUUAUGUGCCCUUCAUCUGAAGAUAUCACAACAUAUACACACAGGAUGAAAGCAUGACUUUCUCAAAAACAAGUAAAGUCAGAGAAAUCUCUCCUCCCCUUUUUUGGAUGCAGUUACAAAGUUUGUUGAUCAGGGGAUUGCUGUGGAAAUAGUGCAUCUUGAUUUCAGUAAGGCUGUUGACAAAGUCCCUGCAAUAAUUAUGUGAGGAAGCUGGUAAAAUGUGGGCUGAAUGAGGUAACUGUCAGGUGGAUUAGACUGACCGAACCCAAAGAGGACUCCUUCAUGGGUCCUCACCAUCCUGGGGGAAAGUGACAAGAGGGGUUCUGCAGGGUUCUGUCCUGGGCCCGUUGUUGUUCAACGUCUUUAUAAAUGACUUGGAUGACGGAAUUGAGGGGAUGCUCAUCACAUUUGCAGAUGACACCAAACGGGGAGCGGAGACCAAUGUGGCAGAAGGCAGAAUCAGAUCAAGGGCAGGAAUAGUAUCAUUUUAUUAUGCCUUGGUCGGGCCCCACCUAGAAUACUGUUUUCAGUUCUGGACACCACAAUUUAAGUAUCUUAAAUUUUGUUUGCCAGGGGAAACCACGAAGGUGGGGGAACAUAAUGCAUAUUCCUGUUAUGACACGUGGUCAAUAUUUGUGAAGCUGAGGCUCCAAUACUUUGGCCACCUCAUGAGAAGAGAAGAAUCCUUGGAAAAGACCCUGAUGUUGGGAAAGAUUGAGGGCACUAGGAGAAGGGGACGACAGAGGACAAGAUGGUUGGACAGUGUUCUCGAAGCUACGAACAUGAGUUUGACCAAAUUGCGGGAGGCAGUGCAAGACAGGAGUGCCUGGCGUGCUAUGGUCCAUGGGGUCACAAAGAGUCGGACACGACUAAACGACUAAACAACAACAACAACAUAAAUUUUAAAGAGUGUUGCAGGAAUCCAUCCAGCACUCAUGGGAAAAUGUGGCGUGAUCUUUUAGAAUAAUUAAAUCAAACUUUAACACAUGGCAGGAUGUCAUAGAAUCCUAGAGUUGGAAGAGACCACAAGGGCCAUCCAGUCCAACCCCCUGCCAAGCAGGAAACACCAUCAAAGCAUUCUUGACAGGUGACUGCAAUUACAUGAGGACAAGCUCUUUGUUGUUUACUGUUGUAACCAUUGUUUUCUUUAAAAUUAUAUUUUGUACCAUUAAAAUAAAAAUAAAAGCAAUAUUGUUUUUUUUUUAAAAAAAAGAGAGACGUGGAAAUCAUGUGUACUCUGCCAUUAGUCCAUUUGCAUGUGUUGAGUGUUAUUUGGAGAUGGUUAACUUCCAGUAGUUUCACAUUAUCUAUGGUUUUCUGUCAUAGCCGUCAAGUUUCGGAUUUGAAAAUAAAGGAUCAGCACCCUCACCUGUCCUGGGGGCAGUCUACAAUUCUCAGGGACAGUCCACGCCGCAGUAAUUCUGCCUUCCACUGCCUCCCGCAGUUUGGUCAAACUCAUGUUCGUAGCCUCGAGAACACUGUCCAACCAUCUUGUCCUCUAUCGUCCCCUUCUCCUAGUGCCCUCAAUCUUUCCCAACAUCAGGGUCUUUUCCAGGGAGUCUUCUCUUCUCAUGAGGUGGCCAAAGUAUUGGAGCCUCAGCUUCACGAUCUGUCCUUCCAGGGAGCACUCAGGGCUGAUUUCCUUCAGAAUAGAUAGGUUUGAUCUUCUUGCAGUCCAUGGGACUCUCAAGAGUCUCCUCCAGCACCAUAAUUCAAAAGCAUCAAUUCUUCAGCGAUCAGCCUUCUUUAUGGUCCAAAGACAACAGGCAUAUAAGAGAGAGCUAGCUUCUAAUAGGAAUUUCUAAAGUCUGGUUCAGAUUGUUCCCCCAAGACAUAACAAGAGUCUCAAGAGUCUCCUCCAGCACCAUAAUUCAAAAGCAUGAAUUCUUCGGCGAAUUGAUUCAAAAGCAUCAAUUCUUUGGCGAUUGAUUAGGUUCAGUCUUUUGGCUCUUCUCCGGCAUCCAUUAAUGACUUAUUAUACAAAUGUGUUACAGGCUUUGCAGCCUUUAACCCUUUUGGAAGGAGUGUAUUUGUAGGCUGGGCCAGAGUGGUUGAUUUUACAGGCAAGCAAAGCAGAAACAGUGCUGUUGUCUAAUGACACCCUAUUCUCUUUCUCACCAUACUAAAGACCCUUUCUGAACUAGCAUUGCUGUGGGGAAUGCAGAGUAAAGCCUCCAUUAAUCUUGGCAGCUCCCUGAACCUCACAUCCUUCCCUAGCAGGCCCCAGAAUCUGUCAUUUAUUGCAGUGUUUUUCAACCUUUUUUGGGCAAAGGCACACUUGUUCCAUGAAAAAAAUCACGAGGCACACCACCAUUAAAAAAGUUUUAAAAAAUUAACUCUGUGCCUAUAUUGCAGUUAUCUAAAUACAUCAGAGUUGACCCCCUCUUUAUUUUUAUUUCUUAAAACUCCUCCGCUGUUUGCAAUCUCUUUCCAAGGCAAGCAAGGCUCCCUUCUGCCCUCUCUCAGUCUGUUUGGAAUGUUUCUUUUAAGCGCCUCUUAAAAGUAUCUUUCUGAAUGCCUUUCAAGUAUCUCUCUUUUUUUAUCUCUUUGCACUUCUACAGAUACAUAGCCUCUUUAAUUCUGAAGAGUUGCAGUAGGGUAGAGUUGCACCAACCUUUUAUGCAGGUCGCGGUUCUUUCCUAUUUCAGAGGUUUUGCCGCUUGUGCGCUUCAGCAGCCAGGCUUUUUCAGUGCGGGAGGGAGAGAGCUGCAGCCAGCGUCUGUGAUCCCCUUCUGGACCUCGCAGUCCGUUGCGGGAACCCCUCUUUAGGCAGGGAGUCCCCCCUGUUCCUCACACGGGGGUUUUAAGCCUCAAAACCACCUGUUUUCACCCCACAAAGAGUAGUGCUCCCCAGAGCUUCGUCAGGGAGCGUCUGGAGCGGUCCGCGACAACCCGGAAGUCCCCCGGCCGGCUUCCUUUACGGCGGGUCAGCGCCCAGCGCCCCCUAAUGGCGGCAGCCUUCUCGUCGCGGCACGUGACUAGGCACGUGACAAGGCAGCAAAUCGCCCUUCUCGCAGCGGCACGUCGCGGCACACCAGCCAGCAUCUCGCGGCACACUAGUGUGCUGCGGAACAGCGGUUGAGAAACGCUGAUUUAUUGCUGAUUUAUUGCUGAUUUAUUGCUGAUUUAUUGAGGGCACUAGGAGAAGGGGACGACAGAGGACAAUUGAGGGCACUAGGAGAAGGGGACGACAGAGGACAAGAUGGUUGGACAGUGUUCUCGAAGCUACGAACAUGAGUUUGACCAAACUGCGGGAGGCAGUGCAAGACAGGAGUGCCUGGCGUGCUCUGGUCCAGGGGGUCACGAAGAGUUGGACACGACUAAACGACUAAACAACAACAACAUUGCUGACAAAUCAUACCAUUGUCGGUGUCGGUAUUUCUAUUUUGUUUAAUGUGUGGGGUUUUUUUGUCAACGUCUCUUGUGUAGGUUCUCUGCUGUUCACUUGCGUUCCUUUGAUGGUGAGAGAUCAUAGAAUCAUAGAGUUGGAACGGAUUAAUCCACUUUCCAUGGGACAGUUCACUUCAGGUUAAGUACAGACUUAACCAAUUGUGUACUUAAACCAAGGUACCAGUGUAUAUUUAUGUAACCCAAGGUUUGUUUAUUGCUGCAUUUGGUC